AUGGUGAUUUUUAAAGAAGCAAUGCCAUGCAAUGAUCAAUGGUAUUUGGACUCUGGAUGUUCUACUCAUAUGAUGGGAAGGAAAUAUUGGAUUGUCACAAUAAAUCAUGUUGUGAAAAACAAAGUGAAGUUGGCGGAUAAGACCAUUAUAGCGGCGAAAGAUACCGAUGAUGUAUCAAUCGAGAGAAGGGAUGAUACAAGUUCUUUGAUAAAGAAUGUGUUGUACAUUCUCGGAAUCAAGGGGUAUCACUCUACUAGUGGUUAUAAGUUGUAUGAUACGGAAAACAGAAUGAUUGUGAUUAGCCAAGACGUCAUUUUCAACAAAAUCAAGCAAUUGCAGCAACCGGUUACCAGCAAGCUGGUAACUGGUUACAAUAGUGAAAAAUCAAUUUAUGUAAAGUUGGAAAGUGCAGAACUAGCACUUGUUGAAGCCCGAAUUGACAAAAAAGUGAGAAGAUCAGCAAGGCAAAGAGGUUUGCCUCAAAGAUUAACAAAACUUAGGUGGGAGUUGGUUGAUAUACCGGAAGGAAAGAAGCAAAGGCAUAUGCUUGAGAAUUUUAAGAAGUUUGAAGUGGAGCAUUGUAAUGCUGCCGUUACGUCGGCUGAACCGAUGCUGCAAUUGUCGAAGAAUGAGGAUGAGCAAGAUGUUAAUCCAACUCAGUAUAGGAGGCUGAUUGGAUCCUUGCGUUACUCGUGCAAUACGCGGCUGGAUUUUGUGAGUAGAUUCAUAGAGAGAUCGAAAGUGUCUCACUUGGCAGCAGUCAAGAGGAUUCUAAGAUACGUAAAAGGAUCUAUUAGUUGCGGAAUUCUCUUUCCCGCAAUGGACACAUGCAGAAAAUGCAAUGUGUUCGAUUUUACCAAUUCUAAUUGGUGCGGAGAUAAAGAUGUUAGAAAAUCUACAGUUGGAUACAUCUUUAUGUUCAGUGAAACACCAAUCUCGUGGUGUUUAAAGAAGAAACCUGUAAUAACACUCUUUACUUGUGAGGACGAGUACAUUACCGUUUCGUUAUGUGUGUGA